AUGCUCCUACACCACGCAUACACGACCCUGGCGGCCCUCGCGGUCCUGCCCACCGGACUCCUGGCCUGGAGCUCCAUCGACGACUACAGCGCACAAGAAGUCGUCGACAAGCUCGGGCUCGUGGAGAACCCGGAAAGGGGCUAUUAUAUCCAGACAUUCGAGGACCCCGUCAAGGUGAACAACCGCGCCGUCAGCACCCUCAUCUACUACCUGCUCGAGGGCGACGCGGGCGACUCCGUCUGGCACCGGCUCGACGCCCACGAGGUGUGGCACUACUACGCCGGCGCGCCGCUGACGCUCUCGCUGUCGUGGGACAACGGCACGGCCUGCGAGAGGCACGUCCUGGGGCCCGACAUCUUCAACGAGGAGGCGGAAGAGAGGCCGCAGGUCGUUGUGCCCAAGGGCAUGUGGCAGAGCGCGCGCUCCCACGGCGACUGGACACUGGUCGGGACCACAAGGCUAACGAGAGUUUGGAUUGCAGUGGCGCCGGGAUUUUCUGCAAACGGAACAGUGCUGCGGGAUAAUUGGACGCCAAAGAACUGCUGCAAGCAAAAGAAGCGCUCUACAAGGCCAAUCCGUCACAGACAGUAA